ACGCUGUCUUUCUUGAUUUGUCUUUCUCUCGUGAAAUGUUUCUUGAGAGUUUUCACUGUAAAGAUGCUGGACGAGGACGUUCCCUGGCGUAGUGUGGAUGCAGAUUGCCGUGGGUUUAUUGCGUGAUGUUAACGUGAUGCUCUCAGAUCUGAUCACUUCAUUUCCGCACGAGCACCCGUGAACAGAGUGAGGAAGAAACAGGAUAUCCUUCUUCACGUCUUCUUUCACUGGACGGCAUCCAUUCAUCCCCGCAGCGAUGCACAAUGUAAUCCAUUACUGAAACAAACCCAAUUGAGAGUUUCCGGAGCGGUCCUGUGUCAACCUGAAGUCAACUGAAAGCCAAUCCACAGAGAUUCUCCAGUCGCAUCAUGUUGGGUUUACGAUCAUACGUUCGCACAAAUGUUCAUUGAAGCGACACACACACACACACACACACAAACAGAAGAGCUGAAUGUCUGAGUGGCAGUGAGGGAAUAAAACAUGAGAAGAGGCCGGAGAAAAGUUGCAAACAGAGAUAAGGUGUUUGGAUGUGACCUGCAGGAGCACCUGAUCUCCACUGCACAAGAAAUUCCUUCGGUGUUGCGCAACUGCAGUGAAUUCAUCGAGGAGUAUGGGAUUGUUGACGGGAUCUACAGACUGUCUGGAGUCUCGUCCAACACGCAGAAACUGAGGAAUGAAUUUGACACCGAAGGAACUCCAGACCUGUACAAAGAUGUUUAUCUGCAGGAUAUUCACUGCGUCAGUUCUUUAUGUAAAGCGUAUUUCAGAGAGCUGCCCAACCCUCUGCUCACAUAUGAACUCUAUGACCGCUUCGCUGAUGCAGUGGCCGUUCAGCUGGAGGACGAGCGGCUGGUGAAGAUUAAAGAAGUUUUGAAGGAUUUACCUGCCCCUCACUACAGAACGCUGGAAUUUUUGAUGCAUCAUCUGGUCAAGAUGUCCUCAUUUGCAUCUCAGACCAACAUGCAUUCCAGAAACCUGGCCAUCGUCUGGGCUCCAAACCUUCUCAGGUCGAAGGACAUCGAGUCGACUGGUUUUAAUGGUACUGCAGCGUUCAUGGAGGUGCGAGUUCAGUCCAUUGUGGUGGAGUUUAUUCUCACGCAUGUGCCGGAGGUGUUUGCUGCUUCAGGAUCGGCCAUGGAGCGCCGGAAGUCCCUCCCCUCGCCGGCAUUGCUGGCCAAUUCGGACGACCAUUUUCUUAAGUCCCUUCCGCUACAUUGUGGGAACCUGAGUCCGGGAGAUGGACCUCCACUCAUGCGGCCAUACCACGCUAUCAUUGACGGCACUGACAAGAGAAAAGGCUCGCUCAAAGGAAGAAAGUGGAAGUCCAUCUUUAACUUGGGCGGGAGACUUCAGGAUCCACGCAAGAAGAACAAAUACUGCCCCAAAGAUAAAGAGAAGACAUCGCUGAGACCUGCCAAAAGUAUGGACUCUCUGAGCUCAGGGCCUUUUGCACAAGAUGAUUCAAAGCAUCCUCCGGCUCUGCUCCUGUCCACAGCCAACCCCGAGGGUGUGGCCUCCGUAGGUGGAGGCGUGUCCAGCGGAUAUGCUGUGACGUACAGGCGCACGGGCGGGGCACAGGUGAGCAUGGUGAGCGGUGGGACUCAGGGCACAUACAAUCGUCUGGAAUCGCUGGGCGGAGCCGAGGGGUCAUCUCAGGGCAAUUCAAGGUCACCGGGAAUGACCAGUAAAGCUGACCGCCGCGCCGGCAUCCACAUAUCCGGACCUUUCUCUGUAACUGUGCCACUUCACAUUACGUCCGGGUUAGCGCUGGGUGUGCUGCAGGGGGGCUGGAACGAGAAGGAACAAACCGUGCAAGGAGAUGCUGCUGAUGAAGAACAAGCAGAAACCAAAGACGAAGGUGAACAGGUCAAGUGUUCAGAGCCGGAGCCGGAGCAGACGUACACUGAUGAGAGCAAAACUGAUGAUGAUGAUAAUGCUAAAGAGAGCAAAGGAGAGCCGGACGCUCAGCUGUAUUUGGGGGAGAUGACGACACAGAUUAUAGAGGAGGAAGAUGAAGAAACAGUCAAGUCAGAUAUGACCCUGCAUGAGGAGACCAUAGAGAGAAGUGUAGAAGAUUUGUCACCGCAGAAUGAUGAGGAGGAAUACAUGGAUAUGAGAGGACACCUCCAUCCAGAUCCGGUGAUAUCUGCCGACGGGAGAGAGAUGGAUGAGUUUUCUGAGCAGGACGUUCAAGACGCCUUUGGCUUUCUGGAUAUGAUGGACAGCUGUGCAUCCAACCUGUUUGAGUUUUCAGUAGAAGCACCUGAAGAAGUAGUUGAGGAAGAUGUAGAUGAAAGCACCAACAAAGAAACACCUGUCAGUCCGGUACAGAACAGCGUUGAUGAGUGUGAAACGCUAGAAGUUAACAUGAGCACCCACCGCGUCCCCGCUGGAAAAUCCCACAGUUUACCUUAUAAAUCCCGCCCCUUCAUGCCCGCCCUGUCAUUAUCAUCUGACGAUGACUACAGCCCUGAAGAUGAUGAAGAUGACUCUGAUAAAGAUUCUGAGUAUGAGGACAUGUUCUGUCAAAGCCUCCCAUCCGCUUUUGAUUUUCAUAGAUUAUCUUGGUCUGCACCCAAGACUUCUACCCGCUGUGCUGACGAUGCUCUCUCCGACAGCCAAUCGAAAUGCUUAGAUGAUGUGAUACUUCCUCCAAACAGUGAAGAGCCGCAGUCCCUCAGCCAAUGGGAAGACACGAUACUCACAGCUGCUACAGACGAUGGCGAAACACCGGCAGGCACUUCUGUCCAAAUCUAUAAUAAAGAACAGGUCAGCGCAGAUUCAAAGAUGGAGGAUCUUCAUGUAGAUGAUGAGAAGAACGAAGUUAAAUCAGAUGACGUGACAAAUGACACAAACACAAUUAUGGUAGAAGGUGACCCAGAGAGUUCAGAUGGCGACGAGGACACAUAUUUUGGAGCGGACCCGAUACCCUGUUCACUGGAUCCCAACUGGACAAAGACGGCCAGCAUCAGUGUCCACGAGCCCAUCCAAGAACAGUGUGCACAUGUGGAUCCUCCACCAUAUACUGAGAUUAACACGGCUGUUGAGAUCAUUAUCACCAAAGUCACAGAGUCAAAGGACGCUCAAGACGAAGUGAACAUCAAUCCAUCACCAGACGAAGAAAACAUGACUGUGAGAACAACUAGUGACCGCGAGGAGAUGACGACACAACCAGACGAAAAAGAGAAAAGCGAAGAAUCCCUGGAGGAUGAGGUUAACGUGUUCGAGUUCCAAACUCCUGAACCUCAGAAAAUAUUAAGUGGAAAUGAAGAAGAUCCUGAGGAGGCAGUUGAGACGGAGGAGUCUGUGAAGGACGAGGAGAUGACGACACAAUCAGUCGAAACAGAGAAAAGCGAAGAAUCUUUGAAUGACGAGGUCCAAGUUUUCGAGCUUGAAACUCCUGAACGUGAGAAAAUAUUGAGUGGAAAUGAAGAAGAUCCUGAGAAUGAACUUGAGAUGAUGGAGUGCGUGAAGGACGAGGAGAUGACGACACAAUCAGUCGAAAAAGAGAAAAGUGAAGAAUCUCUGGAUGACGAGGACAAAGUUUUCAAGCUCGAAACUCCUGAACGUGAGAAAAUAUUGAGAGGAAAUGAAGAAGAACCUGAGAAGGAACUUGAGAUGGUGGAGUGCGUGAAGGACGAGGAGAUGACGACACAAUCAGUCAAAAAAGAGAAAAGCGAAGAAUCCCCAGAUGACGAGGUCAAAGUGUUCGUAUUCGAGACUCCUGAACGUGAGAAAAUAUUGAGUCUAAAUGAAGAAGAACCAGAGAAGGAACUUGAGAUUGAGGAGUGCGUGAAGGACGUCAACGAAACAACUGAAGAUGAAGAGGAACGCGAAGAAGUAAAGGAACACGAACCUUGCAAGCCUGCAGAAAACACAGAGCAAGAAAGAGUUGAGAUGGAGAACAGCUUUGACAUCGAUAAAGAAUAUAAUGAAAGAAAUGUCGUGGGAACAGAGAAAGACACAGAUGAUGAUGAUGAACACUUAGGAAAUAUUUCAUCCGAAGAGAACUUGUGUGAAGAUGAUUCACGUGCACAAACAGAGGAACCGGUGAACAAAAAGUCAGCAGAUACCUCCGAUGAGCAACCGCCAACAGCACCUGAAGACCGUCCCGUUCCAGAAGAAGAGAGAGAAACGUCGGCUCCCAAACACGUGAAAGCUGUCCCCACCGUCCCACCCAAACCUCAACGCUCCAAACUCACAGCACUCACCCUCAGAAAACAGUUUGAGGACAGAGACGCAGAGAGACAGCAGAGACACUCGCAGGUCAUGGACGCAGACGGACCACACCAUGACGAAACCCAAGAGCACCAGACAGACGACACCUGCCAUAGAGACCAGGAAAAAACUGCGGAAAAUUGCCGAGAACCAACGAGUGAGACCAACGGUGGUGGAAUGCCAGAGCACGACGAGAUAAAGGAUCCGCGAGAUGGUUCGGCCAGUGGGGACUCUGGGAUCGAUUUCAGAAAAGACCUCCAGAGAGAUGGCGAGAGAGAGGCGAAGAGAAACAGCGGCAUCAGCAUGUGUUUCGAUGAAGCCGUCGCUCGGGCCACAGAGAAGCGGAGCAGAGAGACUUCUGAGCGUGUGUCAGGAGCUCAGUGGGAGAGAGAGUGCAGAAGAGAGGGAUUCAAACACAAAGAGAAAGACGACGAGAACAAAACUGACUGACAUCUUAAACCAUAGAUUUACACAAAUGCAUGAAAAUGUGACGUGCGUAGAACAGCGAAAUGACUCAAAUCAUAGUUUUUCAUAUUUUACUUUCUUCUACACAUAUGUUUUAUUUUUCCAGAAAGAUUUUUUUUAUGAGAGGACGGAGUUUCCGUAGAGUUUACAACAGUGUUUUACAUCACUUUACUAUUUUUACAUUCAGUAUUCAAAAUAAAACCACCAUUUACAAUCAGACACCGCAGGUAAUGAGCAAAUUGGUAUUAAUAUGUGUGUCGGAUAAGAUUGUAUUGGUUUAAAGUCUCGAUCAGCCUGGAAGUAAAUUCGGUUCAUAAAAAGGAACACUCAGGAAACAAAUCUAAAAAGAAACAGAACAGCCUCCGUAAGGACAGAAUAAGACAAUAUGUGUACAAAUAUUUUAUAUAUAUAUACAAAUAUCAGAUUUUUAAAGCCUCGGUUGUAAGCUUCAAUACAAAUGCCUUGUUGAAUAAACAAAUAAAUAUAUUGGUGUUUCAUUUA